ACUGCAGACUGAGCAAAGUGACGUGAAGAUGGUGAGGUACCUGAACAGCCUGGAGGAAUACCACUGUGCACUGAAAGAUGCCGGUGAGAAACUUGUGGUGAUUGACUUUACUGCAGUAUGGUGUGGCCCGUGCCAAAGAAUUGCCCCAGACUUUGAAAAGCUCAGCACCGAGAAUCCUGAUAUUGUAUUGUUCAAAGUAGAUGUAGAUAAUGCAUCGGAUGUGGCUCAACUCUGUGGAGUUCGCUCCAUGCCAACAUUCGUUUUCUACAAGUCUGGCAAAGAGGUUGAGCGGUUCAGUGGUGCUGAUAUAUCGAAACUGAAGAGUACGAUCAGCAGGUUAUGCUGAAUCAUCAUUGUUUACAAAAUCUUUUACAUAAUUAUAUUUUUCUAUUAUCCUUGGAAACAUAUGACUUCUUUAAAAAAAUACAUGUCUUCUUAUGUUCCAAUGUGAUGUCUUACGUGAUCUUUAAUACUUUUUACGUGCAAACUGUUGCUGCAAUUAAAGCUCUUUACAUACACAAA